CUUGUUUUUCUACUUCAGUCACAUAUUUAUACCCUUUCCUCAAAUCAUCAUUUUACUGUCUAAAAAGCUCUGUCUUUACACGGAAAAUGUCUAUAACACCGUCAGCAGUAUGACAAUACACAGUGAAGCAAAAUGGAUGAAAUGCAAACAAAUGACAAUAUGUAUGUGUUCCAUUGUUGCGCAGGCGAAGCGAUCCAUCUGGCGAGGGACUUCGGAUACGUGUGCGAGACGGAGUUCCCCGCGCGACAGGUCGCGGAGUACCUAAGCCGCCAGCAUUCAGACCCGUCGGAGUCCUAUCGCCGCAAGGAGCUCAUCCACGCUACCAAACAAAUCACCAAAGAGCUGAUAGACCUCCUGAAUCAGGAUAGAUCACCAUUGUGCAAUACUCGGCUUCAGCAUAUUCUGGAUCCCAGCAUCCAGCGCCACCUCACACACUUCUCGCUCAUCUCACACGGCUUUGGAAGUCCAGCUAUUGUGGCCGCACUUACUGCUAUUCAGAAUUUCUUGACGGAAUCACUGAAGCACUUGGACAAGAUGUAUCCUUCAGGCAACAAUGGUGGAGCACAUAUAUCCGUGACAUCCUCUCAACAGGCAGGAGGUGGUGGUGGAAUGGACACAAAGCCCAAGGAUCUGGGGGACUUGAAGAAGUGAGGCUGGCUGAGACGGGGCGCCGUAGUUUCUGAUAGCUCCGACGACCCUAACUCCAUACCAACACAACCUCCGGCAACCACACUGCGUCACUCCUGGCCCUACAACUGAACUCCUAUAAGAGGAUUAUGGGGCAGUGAACGGGAACCUUUGGCGCUGAACAGGAGAAGAAUCUCUGUUUUGUGCUAUUCCUAGACCAAUGACACAUAGAACAAUUUCUAUGAUUGUAAAAUAAAUUAAAAGAUUGACAUGGCUUCAUUGGCUGCAUAUGAGAAGAAAGUAUCUUAAGCUGACAGACCUUUAAAAUAAAUACAGUUCACAGUAUCUGAAAUGGAAAACAAUAAAUUAUGUGACAGCAUAAUAUAAUUUGAUCACAUAAUUGUGCUGUCUCCAGAAAUUUGUAAUUCUUCUAUCAUCAAAGACAUGUUGUCAAGUUUAUUCUUGUGAUACCACCACAAAUAUAUGAGCACAAGAACAAAAUUAAUAAAAGUGUACAAAUACAGCUUUCCAGUCAAUCAGAUUUCUUGAAUGGAAAUAGUUAUGCCUAUGUUCAACAUGUGUUGCCCAUCUAGCCUUUGAAUGUUAAUUCUGUUUUGAAAUUUUUUUGAAGUAAUAUCUUCUCAUGGUCUCAGAACAGAAUAAAUUUCCCUACCAUCACCAAAAUAGAAGUGGAAUCAUCUGUGUUGCCAGAGAAACCGAGAUGAAUCGAUGAUCUCCAGAACAAGACCUCCAUCAUUCUGUAAAGGAAACCGAAAGAAACUUUAUAGGAUUAGAAAUAAUUAGUUAAUCAUGGCAGAAAGAGAAAGGGCUCUCUCUCUUUGUGGGGAUCAUAUUCAUAGAGAUAAAAUCAGGAUCAUAAAUUAUGUGAUAUGUUUUUCAGUCAUGAAAUUACAGAUAAAAAUUUUUCUAAGUCGAGAAGUAUUUAUAUGAUGAUGGACGUGAAUAUCAAUAUGUGGCAGUUGAUCCAUAUAUUUGUUUCAGUGAUAUUUGAUUUUGCCAUCACCAAGAAGAAAAUUAGCAAGGAUGUAUUAUUCUGUUAAAGGAAAAUGAAUGGAAUUAACUCGCUUUAAUGAAUGAAAGGAAAUGUAAAUGUUAACUUUAAUGUGUGAUAAAUAUUGUAACAUUCCAAUGGAAUUUUAAGUUGGCCAGCGGCAGGCCACUUUGCAAGGGUCUCAUAAAAAGAUUAUGUGCAAAAUCAUUAUUGCAUAAAAUUUUACAUCAUCACUUCUGGAACACACUUUCCCAAUAUUGUAUCAAUUCAAACAAAAUGUGUGAUAACACAAAUAUAAAUCA